CCCUUCACGUGAUACUGAUUUCAUGUGAUUUGUAUGAUUUGUAAUCAUAUAAAAACCUUUGCCUUACGUGUUACAAUAAACUUAUUUCCUUGUUACUCGUUGUACGACUCCUCAUUAUAUAAAAACCUUGCCUUACGUGUUACAAUAAACUUUUUUGUAAACUUUCCUUGUUACUCGUUAUACAACUCCUCAUUAUAGAGAUGACCGAAAAAAUUUCUAAUUUUUCUUUAAAUGAAACUUUGACAAAUGUUGAAUUGUUACACGACAAACAACAUCAAAAUUUUCUAAUUAUCGAUUCUUCAUCUGAAGAUGAUAUUGAAAAUCCAACUUUAAACUUGACUUUAGGACAAACUUUUCAAACUUGUGAUGAAGCUGAGAAAUUUUUAAAUGAUUACGCGUUGGAAAAAGGUUUCAGUAUUUGGCGGAAAAGAACUGAAAAUGAUGAUAAUAAAAUCCUACGAAAAAUUAGUUGGGAAUGUUGUUGUGCAGGUAACUAUCAACCAAAAAAGAUAUUGAAUCCAAAUGAUCAAAGAAAUUGCCAGUCUAAAGCUACAGGAUGUAAGUGGAGAGUUAAUGGAAAUCUUCCAAAAAACUCUUUAAGAAUUUCGUUCACUACUGUUGUUGAUGAACACAAUCAUCAAAUGAUACCUUCUCCUUCAACCAAUAUUGCUAAAUAUCGUAAGCUUGGUGAAGAUAUGAUUCAAUUUAUAGAUUUUUGUGUACAAAAUGGAACAACUGGCACAUAAACUAUCGGUCAGCUCUUAAGAGGAAAGUUUCCUGGAAGAAAAAUCCACCAGAAAAAUUUAUAUAAUGCCAUCCAAGCUUCAAAAAAGAAAUUAGCAUCAAGAAUUGAAUUUGAUGCUUCUGAUUUAAUGAAAUUUUUAUAUUCACAACAAACAGAUGACUCACGUUGGUUUAUAGAAACUAAAUUUGAUGGAAUUGAAUGAUGAUUG